AUGGUCAUUCGAGUCUACUGCCUCGAGAUCGUCAAUAAUGCAGUUCAAGGUGGCCUGGUGGACCAACAAGGCCUGAAAACCAUUGAAGAUCAGCUCAUGACAUAUCUGCGGAAGUUCUACGGGGCACCAGGCCAGACAGACACACCAGACCCUGGCACCAUCGUCAACAAGUUUGCUCAGACCGUGACAUUCCUAUUCUCAACCUUUUAUGGCGCCGGAUGGGAGACUUGCUUCGAUGACUUAUUGGCCCUUACUUCAACAGGUUCCGGCCCAAAAGACAAUUACCCAGGUCUCAUUUUCUAUCUAACAGUCCUCAAUGCCAUUCAUGAUGAGAUCGGAGAUCAAUUACUUUCCAGGUCUCGAGCCGAACAGGACAGGGCAAAUACUUUAAAAGAUUUGAUUCGAGCUCGUGAUGUUCAAAAAAUCGCUCGGUCGUGGGAGGAGAUCUUGUCCCACUGGGGAACUUCCAACGACGUUGUGGCCGAGUUGUGCUUAAAGGCAAUUGGGAAGUGGGUUAGCUGGGUCGACAUCUCCUUUGUGGUGAACCAGUCGAUGCUCGAACUGCUAUUCCAGCAGCUGGAACGCGCCCAAAAAGUCGAUCCUCGCAAGAGUGAGGAGCAAGCACGAGACGCCGCCAUCGAUGUCUUCACUGAGACCGUGGCAAAGAAGAUGCCGUCCGCGGACAAAGUCAACAUGAUCACCUUUCUCAACCUUGAAACAGUCGUCUCGCAACUCGUCACUUGUCCGCCGCUGAGGGAUAGCAGAGCCUCCAACUAUGAUGUCGAUCUUGCUGAAACGGUUGCAAAACUGGUCAACACCACAACAGUGGAUAUUGUCAAAGUGUUGGAGACGGAGACCCAGGGCUCGCCGACAUGGGUCAAGGCUGAACAGCUCCUGGUUGCCUUUCUGCCACACUUGCUUAGAUUCUUCUCCGACAUAUUCGACGAAGUCUGUUCAACGGUCCUCAAUGCUAUGAAUGACGUUCUCACUUUUUUGAGGCGCACGAGCCAGGGGGAGAACGCCUCAGCCCAAAGGGCACAAAUGCUCCUACCCAUCCUCAAGGGAAUAUUCCUCAAGAUGAGGUACGAUGACACUGCCGACUGGGGUCAGGAGGACGAGCAGACAGAUGAAGCAGAGUUUCAGGAGUUGAGAAAACGAUUGGCGGGCUUGCAAUCAGCCAUCGCCGCAGCGGAUGAGCAGCUCUAUAUCGACGCAAUUUCAGCCCUUGUUCACGAUACCUUUGAACGGCUGCGGUCAGAAGGAUCAGGGCUCAAUUGGCGCGACCUGGAUCUUGCACUACAUGAAGUGUAUCUCAUUGGGGAUCUGGCUGUAAGGGGAGGUGGUUUGUAUCAGAAGAACAAGCCAAACUCGCCUGCGGCGGAAAAGCUAGUGCGAAUGAUGCUGGAAAUGGUGCAGUCGAACACAGGCUCCUUCGCACACCCCGCCAUACAGCUGCAAUAUAUGGAAAUCAGCGUCAGAUACAGCUCCUUUUUUGAGAAGCACUCAGAGUACAUUCAGCCAGUUCUACAAAACUUCCUCGAACUCGCCCACCAUCCGAGCUUGAAAGUCAAGGCGCGAGCAUGGUAUCUCAUUCAACGUCUCAUCCGUCAACUGCGCGGCUUUGUGGGAAAUGCGGCUGAAGCGGUCGUGCAACGUCUGCAGGACCUCCUGGCCAUCCGGGCAGAGUUACCCAGUGAAGAAGACCGCGAUGAUAUGUCCUCCGACGGCGACUCGGCCACCGACUCUACUUUUACCAGUCAGCUGUAUCUUUUCGAAGCUGUGGGCUGCAUAUGCGGUGCGAAUACCGUCCCUUCAGACAAGCAGGUACAAUAUCUAUCUGCGGUCAUGCAGCCGCUCUUUGUUGAUAUCGAGCGUAACUUGGAGGCCGCUCGAUCGGGCAAUGAACUUGCCGGUCUGCAAGUGCAUCACGGUAUCAUGGCGCUGGGUACAAUUGCUCGAGGUUUCUCCGAUUUCAAUCCUGGGCUCGCCACGCAAGGAAGUGGGGUUGAGCCAUCCCCACAGGCGAAGCAGGCAUUUGCACAGGUCGCUGAGGUAACCCUUGUGUCUCUAACAGCGCUCAACUCGUCCUUUCAGAUCAGAACCGCCGCAAGGUUUGCGUUUUCACGUUUGAUCGGCAUGGUCGGUACCCAGAUGAUGCAGCAAUUACCUCAGUGGGUUGACGGCCUAUUGACUGACUCGUCGACGCGAGACGAGAUGGCGCUCUUCCUCCGAUUACUAGACCAAGUCAUUUUCGGCUUCAAAAACGACAUACAGGACUUUCUCGAUCGGCUCUUCUCAGGACUUCUUCAAAGAGUCUUUGCUGGCAUAUCUGCAGCCACUGCAGGGACGGACGAUGAAAUCGAGCUGGCGGAAUUGAAGAGAGAGUACCUCAACUUCCUCAUGGUGAUCCUUGGGAACGACCUCGGCGCGAUUUUGGUCAGCGCCAGAAACCAGCCGAUCUUUGAUUCGGUGAUUGGCUCCAUCGAACAUCUCGCACGAGAUGUGGACGACUUCCCUACUGCGAAGAUGGCGUUCUUACUGCUAUCAAGAAUGUGCACAGUAUGGGGCGGACCUGAUGUGGUUUCCGCGACUGGCCAAGUGAAUAGCAGUGUCCCCGGGCCACAGCCUGCGCUUCCCGGGUUUGAUCAAUUCAUGAUCACACGAUUCUCGCCACUCUGUUGGGCUCUACCAACUAACCCUUCGUUUAAUAGCAAGGAUGCACAGGCACGGCAAGCUCUGUCCGAGGCCGCUGGGCUUCAGAAGACCAUCUACACCAAAACAGGUCAGCAAUACCUGACUUGGUUACAGGAAAAGGAGUUGAGGACGAUGGGCAUGAACGAUAACAUGAUCGCCGAAUACUUGCAGAAAUUGGCGACCAUGGAACCAAAGGCAUUCAAGGUCUUUUUUGCAAAGUUUAUCGCACAAGGUGGUCAGAUGUGA